AUGCAUUCUUCGUCUCAUCAACGAGCUUCCACGGGACCUCCAAGACACCCCUCCGACCCGCACCCUCCCCUCAUGGAUCUAUCAUCCCUCGAGGGUCCCCCGAUAGCUGAUCCGCCUUUUAUUCUUUCACCGGAUACGACAAGUCCCCGUAUCACCACACCCUCGCCUACUCCCACUCACAUUUUGCGCUCAAAACCUCUACCACCACGACCUGUCUCCAGAAACGUCACUCCGUCACAACACCAACACAGACGACAUGAACAACCAUCCGAAUGCCCGAAUCCCGACGGCAAUUCGAGACAGAUGCCAGCCCGUAAACCUACAAACAGUCCAUCAGAAGAGCUCGCGCCCGACUGUGACCCACGCCACGAGCACGAAUCCUCAUCAACACAAUCCAGUCCACGCCCCAGACAACCAAGACCCUGUGUGCCGCUGACGUGGCUGGAAGAUGAGAAGAAAUGGGUCGUGGGCGAGGCUCAUCCGCCCACCACCCGGGAUCCCCGAUUCGAACACGCCGCCUCGUCGGCGCUUUCCCCCGUCUCACCGAUGUCGUCGUGUUCGCCUUGUUACGAUAUGAUCCGGCGUCUGGAUGAGCACAUUGCAUAUAAUAAUUAUCUUUACCAAGAGGGUGUGCCGAAUCAUUCUCCGGCGUUCAAUUCCCACCGAUUCCAUCAGGGGUAUGGGACGGCGCUGGGGAAUGAGCGCGUUGCUAGGUGGGUGGCGAUGACUCAGAGGAUGGAACAGCAUGGCGAGCAGUUUUGA